AUGAACGUAUCCAUCGAGAACAUCCAGGGGAGCGAAACCAGGCGCUACUACCUCACGCGCGCCAACAGCUUCGUGAAUGACGACGGGCUCAAGUGCAGCAUCCUCUCAGCAGUGCACUGCAGCGAGCAGAAGGUCCUCCUCCACCUCUUCGUCUUCUCCCUAUCAAACGUGGGUCCACACGUCAUAGAAACCAUAGGCAUAUAUGUUAGCAACCCAGCCACUGCAGAAACCGUGGUUAAGAGGACCGAGCUUAUCCUGGCGAAUGGCAACUCCCCUGGGGACCACUCCUCCCUUCGGGCCUUUUCUAACAUUAAGGUGGCAAUAAAAAUUGAAGAGAAUAAACAGGCCAGUGAAUAUGCAAAUGAAAACUCGUGCAUCCAGGAGCUGCUCAUAGACAAUGUGCUGUACGCCUUUGAGUACCGACUGUGGAGGGACUAUGCGGGGUGCACUCAGCACGCCAGCGAGGACGCGCUCAGAACCCCCGCAAGGAUGCCACCAGCGCGCCAGUAG